AGCCAAUCAGGAACGAGGGAAACUCACGCUAAGAAGCGCUCCUUCCUUGUCGCCAGACGGGGGGGCUGCGGGCACAAGGAUGCAAGGCACGCACCGCAUUCCUGACGCACAAAGCGCGAUCGUGCUGCGCCGAAUCGAGCCGCGGGACGUCGCGCAACUGCAAGCGCUGCAUGAGGACUGGUUUCCGAUCCGAUACAACGAGUCCUUUUAUCAACAUGCUGGCCAAGGCAUGUGGGAAAACGGCGAGCCGCUGUUCACACAAGUGGCGCUGUGCAACGAAGACAUCAUUGGGGCGGUGACAGCUCAGAUCCAGCGGUGUGACGACACUGAGGACAAGUGCUUGAUCCAUCAGUCGAAAGACACGUCGACGACGCUCAUGUACAUCCUCACGCUGGGGGCACGGCAGGACUAUCGACGCAAGGGCAUCGCGUCUGUGCUGUUGACCACGUGCAUCAACGAAGCCAAGGCCGACUCGUCCUGUCGGGCCUUGUACCUUCACGUGAAAGCAGACAACGGCCAAGCGAUUCGGUUUUACGAGAAGAAUGGGUUCCACCGGCUUCGGUUCUUAGAAGGUGAAGUUGGUUGCAUGCUCCUCCUUGGUCAAGUUAACAACGUGUUGCAUUCUCGUGGCAGAUUACUAUUUCAUCAGUGGCCACAACCAUCAUGCAUAUUUAUACAUCCUGUACGUCAACGGCGGCGCCGCGCCUCACAAAUGGCUGGACCUCAUUUCCAGACCGCUCUACAUGCUAGUCGAGUUCUGGACGAAGUUGUUUGGAGAUGGCGAGCCCAAGGUGCACGGCGCGGCGUCGAAUGUAGAAUACCACGUGUAAUAAUAUGAAAGCCGCCGCGUACUACUACACCAUUUUGCA